AUGCUUGUGCGGUCUUUGCAACGCCUCUCUCCGCGGCGUCUGCUCGUUUCUUCUACGUCGUCUCUAUCGUUCGUUCGUUGCUUUUCCAAUGACGAGCGGAGCCGCUUGUCCAGCUUCUGGGUUCCAACUGGAGGCAUCACCCCCAAGGAUGCUGAGGGAGAAGACACGCAUGCGCUGCUAGUCCGCGCUGGCUUCCUUCGACAAGCCCACUCGGGGCUGUUCCACAUGCUUCCGCUCGGUCUGCGGGUGCAAGAAAAGUUUGAGCGUUUGAUCGACAAACACAUGCGCAGCCUCGGCGCUUCCAAAGUCUCUCUGUCAUCCAUCUCCUCCGAGGAGCUGUGGGAGCGCACUGGCAGGCUGGAAGGCAAGGAGCUCCUCCGACUCAAAGACAGAAACGACUCCGGGCUCUUGCUGGGCCCGACACAUGAAGAAGAGAUCACCCAACUCGUCCGCAACACUGUGAAAAGCUACAAAGAGCUGCCGCUGCGCUUGUAUCAGAUCUCGAGGAAAUACCGUGAUGAGCUCCGUCCAAGGCAAGGAUUGCUACGCGCAAAGGAGUUCCUCAUGAAGGAUCUCUACACUUUUGACCAUCUGGAAUCCGAGGCCUUGGACACUUACAAGAGCGUCAGGCAAGCCUACGUCGACAUCCUGACCGAUUUGAAGCUCCCCUACCUGGUGGCAGACGCAGACUCUGGAUCCAUCGGAGGAGACACCAGCCACGAGUAUCACUUCAUCUCCGCCAAGGGCGAGGACACAGUCUUCCAGUGCGACGUGUGCGACUACACCGCCAACGAGGAGGUAGCCCAGCACUGCGACCCCCACCUCACCCCGGAAGACGACGAACCCGGCCCCAUCCUCGUAUGGAAGGGCAUCAGCAAGGACAGGAGGACCCUCGUCGAAGCCCACGCCAUGCUUCACCCGGCCGACAAUCAGUCGUCCGAACAACCCGCCGACCGCAUCAACCUACAUGCCGUCAAGUCCCUCUUCCCCGACCUCGACACCUCCAUCGACGACGACGGCACCGGCACCACAGCCCAACAGCUAUGGGACAGCGCCAGCGCCGGCAACAAAACCCGCCUCAUCCUCGCCGACGCCAACAUCCACGCCUUCCGCGACGCCAUCGCCUUCGAACAAAACAACACCGCCGCCGCCGCCGCCGCCCCACCCACCACCUUCCACUACCUAACCCGCGACCCCCCCACCUCCACCACCAACAAAACCAAACCCACCACCCUCCUCGCCCUCCGCCACAACUCCCCCUGCCCCUCCUGCCCCACCGGCCACGUCUCCGCCCACCGCGCCGUCGAAAUCGGCCACACCUUCCACCUCGGCACGCGCUACUCGACCCCGCUCGCCCUCUCCGUCCGCGACGCGCGCGGCCAGCCCAAACCCGUCCAGAUGGGCUGCCACGGCAUCGGCGUGUCGCGCAUGCUCGCGGCCGUCGCCGACGCCCUCGCCGACGCCCGCGGCCUCAACUGGCCGCGCGCCGUCGCGCCGUGGGAGGCCGUCGUCAUUUCCGCCGGCGGCGGCAGCGAUGGUAGCGAUAGCGACGCGGAGAAGGUGUACGAUGCGCUGGUCGUGGGGGGCGUGGAUGCGGUGCUGGAUGAUCGGAGGGGGGUGGGGGUCGGGUGGAAGCUCGGGGAUGCGGACCUCGUGGGGGUGAAUGUCGUUGUGGUGCUGGGGAGGGCGUGGAGGGAGGGGAGGAAGGCGGAGGUGCAGUGCAGACGGUUGGGGGUGCGGGAGGAGGUGGUGGCGGAGAAGUUGGGGGAUUUUGUGACGGAGUUGCUGGGGAGGUUGUAG